GGUAUUUACAACAGGAAAAACUUCUAGCUACCUGCCGUGAAUUUAUUUUGGAAAGCUCGGAUUUGAAAGAAUAUGCAGAGCACUGUACAGAGGAUGGGUUUAUUCCAGCCUGCUUGCUGUCCCUGUGUGGAAAAAACUUGACAACUAUUCUUAAUGAGUACGUAGCCAUGAAAACAAAAGAAACGACAAAUGAAGUUCCAGCAAUGAUGUCAUCUCUGUGGAAAAAAUUAGACUAUACACUUUCUCAGAUCAGGAGCAUGCAGAAUUCCACAGGAUUUUCUGCUAAUCAAAGGAGAGAUUUCAUACACAUUCAAGUUCCAGCAUCACAAGAACGAAAGCUUCAUUCAAAUUUACUUUCUCCAGGAAGACGAAAAAGUGAAUCUCAGAAGAGGAGAAGUAUUGCAACAUCUGGACCUCUUUCAGCAACUAGAAGUUCUCAAGACCCUGGUGAAGUAAUAACAGAAAAGCAACUGGUUAUUGAAAAUGCCAGAGAAAAAAUCUUGAGCGACAAGUCUCUUCAGGAGAAGCUUGCUGAGAACAUUAACAAAAUCCUGAGCAGUGAUGGCAAUGUCACUCAGGCCCCUAAACAGGCAGACAGUGGUCCCAUGGAACAGGAGACUUCAAUUGAUGAAAUCCUUGGACUUCAGGGUGAAAUUCAUAUGUCAGAAGAAGCUAUACAGGACAUUCUAGAACAGACAGAAUCGGAUCCAGCUUUUCAGGCACUCUUUGACUUGUUUGAUUAUGGAAAGAGCAAAGUAAACAAGAACUUACCUUCUGGUAUUUCUGGUCAGAGUGGAGCAGAAAACACAAUCCUAGUGGAUGAGGAUAACCUGGAAACACUUGAAAGUUCUUUAGGAACAGAAGAAACUAGUAGAUGUGAUAAUUCUAGAGAAUCGCUAUCCUGUAAAAGUUUUCAGUUAGGAGAAGCAUCGUGUGGCUUGAAGACCAGCAUUAAUGAUGAUGAUAUGGCUAAGAAAAAUACAAACAACGAGCAGUUGCAUGGAAAUUGUAGACCAGGGAAGCAGACUGAAGUGCUGAAAACCGUUACCCCUGACCAUAUUGGAGAGCUUGAAAUUGCUUUUGACUCUGUGCCUAGUUUGACUGAACCUAACAAGAGACAAAGUUCUUCUGAUAGUGAAUGUAAUGAACACUGUAGAGAUUCUUAUGAUAAAAGAGAGUCAUCUGCAUUAGUAUCUGAAAGUGAAAGAGCUAUGGAAAUGGAAAAAGGCCCACUAAGUCAUAGUGCUCAAAGUAGUCCUAAUUUAGAAUAUGUUCAUUCUCAUAGUCCGCAGAUUUCUUUGAUUUCCUUGGCAGAAGGUGCUGCAGCCAGUGAAAACAAAACAUAUUCUGGAAGUAAAUGUCACUUGUCACCAGAUACAUCACUAUCUGAAAGAACACUUACUAAAAGCCCUUCUGCCGGGAGCCCUGGCCACAGCGUACUGCUGGGAAAAAACAGUUCAUCAGUUUCUAGCCCAUCUGCAGAUGCAGGAAAAGAACAGACUGUAACAAACAGUACUGCUGCCUUACCUGGUGUUUUCCAGGAGAACCCUGGCCACCACCCUAACCGUCAGGAACAGAGUACACAGUCAGAUUGUGCUGCAAGAUCUGCAGUGAAGAUUUCGGAUCUUGACAAAACAGAGCUGCAGCUUGGAGUUGUUGAUACUUCUAACAAACCUUAUUUGGAUAAUCGGCAUACACUUGAUAAGCCUUGUAAGAAAGAUUUUAACCUCCCUUCACAACAGUCAAGCUUGGAGGGAUCACAAGGGGAAAUGCAAGAACCUUCAUCUUCUACAAAAGCAGAUGCUGACAAUACAUAUUUCUCUUCCGGUGAUGAUGCAUGUACAGAAAUUUCUGUAGUACCCACUGAAAGUAAUCUUACUACGUCCAAAAUCUGCCAGUCUCCUCUCCCAGAAACUGCAUCCUCAACAGAUGAAUCAGGUACUGUGGCCAAAAGUGCAAGCGGUGUAUCUUCUAGUAGUCAACCAAUGGAUGUUGAUCCUUCUAAUAUAAUGUCCCUCAAGAUCAUCAUCAGUGAUGAUCCAUUUAUUUCAUCAGACACAGAGUUAAAUAACGCCGUUUCCAGUAUCACAGGAGAAAAUUUGCCGACUAUAAUAUUGUCUUCUCCAGCCAAAUCCCCAACCAGAACUGCAGGCCUGUCCAAAUGUCUGACUUCAGAAGACACAGAAAAAAAUGUGGAUUCAGCUUUGGCAGAACAGAAUCUCCUUGUACUUAGACCUAAGGAUCCUGUGGUCACCUCAGUUAACACUCCGAAUGAAGACUGCACUGUUUUUUCAGUUGCAGGUACAACUAAUCUUUCCAAGGAAGGGGGAUUUAUACAGUUGAUGCCAGCAACAAGCACAGCUUUUGGGAAUUCAAACAACCUUUAUAUAGCCACCUGUGUGACUGAUCCAGCUACCUUGGGCACAGCUGUAACACCAUCAAACGUAGUUGUAUUGCCGGGCAAUUCUGUGCCGCUUGCUGCCCAGGCUCCCCCUGUACAACAGUUACGGACUCCUCCUAGAUCCAGCAAUGCGUUUGCAGCAAACCAGACCGUCUCCUCCAAUUUCUCACAAGGUUCUGCCAUUAUAAUUGCAUCUCCAGUGCAACCCGUUUUGCAAGGAAUGGUGGGAAUGAUACCUCUCUCUGUAGUAGGACAAAAUGGAAAUACUUUCUCAGCACCUGCCCGCCAGGUUCUACAUAUGCCUGUGGCUAAUCCGGUGUGCAACAGAAGCGUCCCCAAACUUCCCAUCUCUCCCAAAUCACAAAAGAUUCCUGGAGCAAGAAGCAAGACUAACACAGGAAAACUGGUACCAAGUGUAGCUGAGCCUUUGAGCCACACAAAUUCUCGUACGCUAAGGACUGGAAAUUCGGACAAGCUUAUCACUGCAGAACUAGGAAGGAAAGUGGAGGAGAACUUACCUGUUGCACCAGUAGAGAGCACAAGCUCAAAUUCAAGGCAAAGCGAAAGUCACAGGAGGGUGCUCUGCUUUGAUAAUGUUCUACCCACUCCAGGAGGAAACACCCAAAUUCAGACUAGUAAAAGUUUAUCCCAAAAAGAAAGAAACGAAAGUACUUUAUUUGCUGUCGACUCCGCAUCAUCCUCUGUGAAGGCACAGGCAGCAAAGAGAGAGAAAGAGAAAACGUUGCCUAGAAUUCUGUGUAAGCCUGAAGUUGGUAGCAACAGAAACACAGCUGCCAAGGAGCCACAGCCUGAGCGGAAGGUGGCAGCUGCAGGGCUUCCAUUGGAUCCCUUCCACAAGACUACAGCAAAUAAAGAAAAUGAAUUACGAAGGGAUACGGAUGAAAAACAGAAGAACCAGGACGCUGCCAAACUCUCAAAUGGCCAACAAAGUGUUAGCUUAUGGAACGAGAAGACAGUUGCUUCAGUGCAAGAGCUGAACAAAAAGCAAGGGUCGCUGUCGAAUGGGAACAGCAAAUCUUCAGCGUCCGUUCCUUUGUCUUCGAAGGAGCCAAAGCGAGAACCAGCUAAAGUUUCCGCCCAAGGCCCCUGCCUGCCCAGUCCAUUCACUAAACAAUGUGUGGAAGUGUUGCAAGACGUACAGUGGCAGAGCCCAACUAGUAAAACAGUGGAAAACGGAGAAUUGCCAGUACCCCGUACACCAUCUGGGGUUGGGGACAGGCAUACGGAUGACACUACAGACAGCGUACGGACACCGACCUGUCGGCGCUUCAACGAGGACAGCACGACCCCUAGAAUCAUGGUACCCCCUGCCACGCCAGACUUGCCUGCCUGCAGCCCAGCCAGCGAGACAGGUAGUGAAAACAGCGUCAGCAUGGCCGCCCACACGCUGAUGAUACUGUCGCGGGCAGCUAUUGCAAGGACUAGCACUGCAACCCCCCUGAAGGACAACACCCAACAGUUCCGGUCUUUAAGGAGCGCGGUAAAGAAAAGGAAACUGGAGGACUUGAACGAGGGUGAGAGGAAUUCUCGUUCUGCAAAUAGAAAAGACCUUCAAAGCUCUCCAACACCAUCAAAAAAGAAGAAAAUAAAGAAAAAGAAGCUACCAAAUUCUUUUCCAGCAGACAAGUUCUUGUUGUCUUUGCAUUAUGAUGAAUGAAAAAAAAAAAAAAAGUUGAACUGUGACUGUCUAAAGCCAGGUGUUUUUACGCUGAGGUUUUGCAUGGGAAGAGAAGUUAGUUCUGAAGGGUGAGUUGCACUUUCAGUGCACUGAAGUUUCACUUUAUAGCAAAGUCAUGCUGUUUCUGAAGCAGGUUGCUAAGUGUAAAUAUCAUUGAGUGGGUAUAUGUUUAUUUUUGAAAAGCACUUGCGUA